AUGGGACACCAUUUUGUGUUCAUCUUCACAUUGCACACUUCUCGCCUGCAGGUCGGAGGCUUUGACGGAAGCAUUCGUCUGAGCAGCGUGGAGGCCUACAACCCUGACACAAACUCCUGGCGGCAGGUGGCGUCCAUGAACACCGCUCGCAGCAACUUUGGAAUCGAGGUGCUGGACGGGCGCAUCUUUGCUCUAGGCGGAUACAACGGCUUCACCACCACCUAUGCCACCGAGGCCUACGAUCACUUGGAGGACCGCUGGAGCGAGGUGCGUGAAGAGACAGAGGCACUUGUUGAAUCAUAA